GCUCGACUAUCACUGAAGAUUCGGUGUAUAAAUAUGCUCUUCGUGUUGCAUAUUUGGCUUUUCUUACUGAGGUAAAGCCCUCAAAGGUUCCAAAAGCUGCACCAGUCAAUGCCUCUACAUCCGCACAACUUAAACCCCAUUCCGACACUGGUAGUUCAAAGCGCGCUAGUCUUUAUAGCGCCGAGAAAUUAGUAGUUAAUGCUUUUGAUAUGUUCAAAGAUGAGAAGAAAGCUCACAAAAUACCAAAAGAAUUGGUCAAAGUAUUGCGUGACCGUUUAGAGCAAAUCACCACUGGCCGCGAUCGUGAUCCAACUUAUCAAGACCCCUAUUUUAUGAAAGAACUUAAAAUUUUCCACCAAGCCUUACAACAAUCUGGUUUUCGUCAACAGUUUAAAUCAAGUAACAGUAAAAUUGAAGAUAUCGUACUUAUAUUUCUCAAAACUUCUCAAGUUGAGCUCAAAAAAGCUCAACUACCUCCGAAUGUUACAUGGCAAUCUAAGCUUACGGAUCACGUUAGUCUAUUUGUCAGUAUAUUGAAAGACUGCCUUCAAACCAAGGAAUGUCAAUCACCUGCUACACCUGAUUUGUUGGCUAGAUUAGAAAUUUAUCAAACAAAAAUGUCUAGUACUCCCAAUAGUAGCGGAGGAAGCGGAGGAACUACAAAUACUGGCUUAGGCCCGAGCAUUGAAGAUAUGAAUAUGGUGAAAGUGGUUCAAUCAGUUUUUGGCGUUUCUCUUGGCCAACUACAAAAGGACUUAAAUUCCGUGAAAAAAGAAUGUACAGUACAGAAAGCGUUUGAGGAUUUGCGAAAUAUCAUAAACCACAUUAAUCGUGGUUCUCCCUUCCCUGCUCGCAAGGAAGAUUUCGAUACAGAUGAUGCUUAUGAGAAGUGGAAAUCUAUUGAAACAAAAACGAUCAGAGAUCUUAUGGCUACCAUGGCUUUAACAAAUCCUGAAGUAUUGUCCAAAGAUCCCACUGAUCAUGUUUCUACCCUUUUGACAUCUGAUCCAAAUAAACCAUCAUCUGCGCCCAAACGAACUAAUUUCACUGAACCGGAAACACAACGUCAACAACAGCAGCCACCUUACCAUUCACCUUAUUCACAUUAUAAUCCUCAUCCUCAGCAAACUUCGUAUCAGUCUUAUAAUCAACCACCGUUCCAACAAUAUCAGCAGCAACCUCCGUAUCCGCCUUAUAAUUCUCCGAGACCUCAAUAUCCUCACUAUAACUACGGCCAAAGGCCUAUGUAUCCUUAUAAUCAACCACCUCAGUCACAUUCUCCUUACAAUCAACCACCUCAGUCGCAUUCUCCUUAUCAGCCGCCUCAGUCACAUUCUCAUUAUAAUCAACCAUCAACGCAGCCUUCACAUAGCAUAAAAGAUCCUUUGUCCACUGAGUUACAAAAUGGUUCAUCGGAAGAUCUAUCCAUCAAAAUUCUUUCAAAAGAUGUUAUAGGCUUGCUCAAUGAAUGUGCUUUACCGGCAUUUGAUGAAUAUAAAUCAGGGGUAGACAAAAUAUAUAAAAAAGAAGCUUCUUCAAAUGAAGUACAAAAGUUUACAGCUAUUGCACAUUGGAUACUGCAAGAAAUAGACAAAUUAAGCACCAAGUAUCCUAAACCUUUAGUUGGGCAAGUUGACAUCGUUCGUUUGGUAAUUGAAAAACAAGCUCCACUUUUAUUUUUGGAUAUGGAGGGUGCGGUAGAGGAUAUUAAAGUUAAAGUAAAAAUGACGUCCACAUCCGAAGAUGAAAUUCCUGUUGAUGAUAUCAUUGAACUUUAUCGGGUGGUAAUGGAGCUCAGAAGUGAAUUUGAAGGACCUACGAACAAGAAAACUCCUGAAUGGGUCCGUUCUGCUGUCAGUGUGGAUGAGACCAUUGGUGAAGCAUUGGAACAAUAUUGUAAGGUUAUGGAAGACCUCUUUAUGAAAGAUUUGGCAGCUGCUUAUGCCGAGCAAGAACCAUCAAAACAAUCAGCUUGGUAUCUAAGAGCAAAGAAUGCCCUUACUAGUGAAAAAGCUGCACCAGCUGAGAUCCAGCCAAAGUCUUGCGUUAAAAUGAAUAAUAUAGAAGCGGCAGGUGAACAGCUGGACAAACUAUAUGAUUCGAUGAAUGUUGAUGAUGUGUCAGAAAAAAUGAAUCAAUCUGAGUCUGGAAUGCCUCUUUCAGAAAAAAUUAUAAGAAACAGAUAUCUUUAUACAAUUAAAAUUGUAAUGGCUGAAAAUUUGAUGGCCCAGGAUGUUAAUGGGCUUAGCGAUCCGUAUUGUGUUCUGACAGAUGAAAAGGGCCAAAUUUUGGCACAGACGCGUGUUAUUUUUGAAACGCUAAAUCCACAAUGGAAUGAAGCAUUUGAUAUUACUCUUGAGUUUAAUGACCAGGAUUAUCGAAAAAUACUCGUCACUGUUUGGGAUAAAGAUCAAGUUGGUUCGGAUGACGUUUGUGGAAAAGCAUAUAUUUAUCUAGAUCGUCGUUAUUUCUCUGACUCUAGACCCAAUGACGUGUAUCUCGAUCUUAAUCCACAAGGUCGCGUUUCGUUACGUGUCAGCAUGGAAGAUGAGAAAGAUGAUCCUCGAUUUUAUUUCGGUAAGGCAUUUAGAACCCUUAAACGAGCACGAGACGAUAUGACGAGAGCUAUUGUCGAUAGAAAGAAACGUGAACUUACAGAUCGCAAUAUUGAAGAAGCAAUUGACCCUCUUUUUGAUUAUUUUGAUGAGAAUUUGAUGAUACUUCAUAAUAAUUUGCAUCCUGAGGUGUUCAAAGCGGUUAUGAGGUGGAUAUGGAAAGAAAUAGUUACUAUUAUUGAAUUAAUUAUAAUACCUCCUUUAUCGGAUCGGCCAUCAGAUUUAAAACCACUCGCUGAUAAUGAGCUCAUGAUUGUAUUAAAUUGGUUACAGUUUUUGAAACAAUAUCUACAUGCUGAAGGGAAUGGUGUAUCAGCAGAGAUACUUGAAAUCCAAAGAUACAAAGAAAUCAGUCAAAUAGAUAAAUUAUAUAAUUUGGAUACAGAACAACUCAUGCAAGAAUAUCUCAACAAUACGUUGGAUUCUCAGAAAGGUCAACUUAAAGCGAGCAAAUCAGUGCUUCAGCAACGAAAUCUUGGCACGAUUAAAAAACGAAAAAGUGAAAAACGUCAAAAACAUGAACGCCAAGAUCAUGGUGAGGUUAUACUUAGAAUUUUAAGAAUGCGAUCUGGAAAUAAAACAAAAACAUUCUUAAAACAGCAAGUAGAAGAUCGACUUAAAAAAUCGGCAACUAGUGCGUAUAAAGAAAAUUCAGCUUCAUCGCUGAAGCCUGUACCAGAAAUAUGA